AUGAUGAGGUCUCUGGGUCACUCGAGACGACUCCUAUGUCGUAGCAUCCCUCGCGGCGCGUCUACAAUUGCUCCUGCAUUUGUGAACCUGGCCGUUCGCCAUCGGCGAGGUUUCCACAACUCUUCACCUUUCUGGGGCAUUAGGUCGCAGGUUUUGAAGGAUGUUGGAGAGGGGAUAACGGAAGUUCAGAUUAUACAGUGGUAUGUGGAAGAGGGGGCGCAUGUGGAAGAAUGGAAACCGCUUUGCCAAUACCAGUCUGAUAAGGCUGUUGACGAUAUCACGUCGAGGUACGCAGGAGUUAUCAAGAAGCUUCACUUCCAGACAGAUGAUACGGUGCCUACAGGACGAGCGCUCUGCGAUAUUGAAGUUGACGAUGCGCAAUAUCCAGACGAGAACGCUCCCGCACAAGCCACGCAGACAGAGUCCACAAUAGAAAACGCAGAGGAAUCUACAACUAGCGAGACUUCUCAAGCCGCCGACGCUCCUGUCGAAGUUAUAUCUGAGCAGAAGGAAAUGCCACAAUCAAAACAUGCCUCCCUCGCAACACCAGCUGUGCGCGGCAUGCUCAAAACACACAACCUCAAUAUUCUGGACAUAAGAGGCACUGGCAAGGAUGGCCGAGUGCUCAAAGAAGACGUCCUACGAUUCGUCUCCGAAAGAGAUCAACCUAAAGCAACAAGCUCAAGUUCAUCUGCAGCUUCCGCCAGUACAGCCAGAGCCACUACAUCAAGUGAUGCACAACAAUUCGAAUCCACAAAACCACUAACCCAUAUUCAAUCUCAAAUGUUCAAGACCAUGACCAAGUCCUUGAUCAUCCCCCAUCUCCUCUACGCAGACGAACUCAACAUCAACACCAUGACCGCCCUUCGCCGCAAACUUGCCAGCGACCGCAACAACUCUCAAAAGGUUACAUCAUUAGCAUUCAUCAUCAAAGCCGUUUCUCUAGCUCUUGAGGAAUACCCCAUCCUCAACGCCAAAGUCGACGCAUCAGACCCCUCAACGCCAAAGUUGAUAAUGCGCGCCAACCAUAACAUCGGCAUUGGCAUGGAUACCCCCCAGGGUCUCAUCGUGCCCAACAUCAAAAACGUCGGCGCCAAAUCCAUCUUUGAGAUUGCCGCCGAGAUCUCCCGCUUAAGCGCAUUGGGUAAAGAAGGAAAACUCAAACCUGCAGAUAUCACCGGGGGCACAAUCACGGUAUCUAAUAUUGGUAAUAUUGGCGGCACAUACCUGGCACCCGUAAUUGUGCCGACAGAAGUUGCGAUUCUAGGUGUUGGUCGGUCGAGAGUUCUCCCCGUCUUCGAUGAAAAUGGCCAAGUGACGAAAGGAGAAAUGGUGAAUCUUAGUUGGAGUGCGGAUCAUAGGGUUAUUGAUGGCGCUACGAUGGCAAGGAUGGCCGGCAAAGUCAAGGAGUAUGUGGAGGAGCCGGAUAGGAUGUUAAUACGAUUACGAUAG